AUUGCUAUAAAUAGAAUACAGCCGUCAAUAGUGUGCGAGUUUCAGUGGGUAUAGACAGUGUACAGCAUCAGUGCACGGCGGCAAUAUCAAAUAUUCAGUACCAACUAUGUGUGAUGAUAAUAUGACCGUUGAUCGUUUUGUUCCUGAUCCCGAUAAGGAACUUGAAGAUAAAUUGAGACGCUUGACAAUGGUGAAACACCCGAGCCUGUGUUCUGCUGACCCAGAGCCAGAGGAAACCAAGUUACAGCUGCGUGGACGGCAACUGACAUUAGAGAACGGGGUGGUCAAAGCUGCCAAAUCGAGCAGGACAACCGGAAAAAGCGAAGAUGAUGUUGCAGAAGAAAUAUCACAUUACUUCGAAAAGAUUCUUGUCGGUUUAGGCGAGGAUCCAACAAGACAAGGUCUUCUCCGAACACCAGUACGAGCAGCCAAGGCAUUGAUGUUUUUCACCAAAGGCUACAGUGAAAGCAUAGCAGAGGUGUUAAAUGAUGCUGUGUUUGAUGAGGAUCAUGAUGAGAUGGUGAUAGUGAAAGAUAUUGAAAUGUUCUCAUUAUGCGAGCACCAUCUGGUACCAUUCAUGGGCAAGGUUUCUAUAGGUUAUCUGCCAAACAAGAGGAUUCUAGGUCUCAGUAAAUUAGCCAGAAUUGUUGAAGUGUUCAGUCGUCGCCUCCAAGUGCAAGAACGACUGACCAAACAGAUAGCAGUUGCCAUAACAGAAGCCAUCCAUCCCUCAGGGGUAGCAGUAGUUAUAGAGGCCACUCCUCUGUUUGAUGUAACCCAGUCCAGCCAUAUGUGUAUGGUGAUGCGUGGUGUGCAGAAGCUCAACAGCAAGACAGUGACAAGUACCAUGCUUGGAGUGUUCCGAGAAGACCCUAAAACUCGAGAAGAGUUCCUCUCGCUUAUACACCGUACCUGAUUGGCCAAUACCUCCAUUACCUGCCUGUGAUUGGUCUUCACUAAUAAGUAACAGGGAAAUGAGAAAGCAAAGAUUUAUUAAUUAUUUUUAUGGAUUACAUUUUGUAUCCCAUAUAAUAUAUAUUGAAGAUCACUCACAUGUCCAUGAUGUGGUUCUGGACUGCCUUUGUUUAGAACUGUGUAUUGGAGUAUAUUGUUGUUCAUGUUAUCUGUAAACAUUUAAUCUAGAGGCGAAAGGACAAAAGAAAAGAAUUGCUCUAAAUAUGGAAAACUGCUAAUGAUGGUCUUGUCAUUAUUGUGGUUAAAUGGAAUAUUUGAAGUACCUAGUCUCAAGAUGCUACUGCCGUUAUUUUACAUUGGUUAUUCUGGUGAUUAGUCUGUGUGUUGCAGCAUAAUUAAAUGUCCUGUGAUUAUAUGAAGUAUGUAUGAAAACAUGCAUGUUUUGGGUGUUGGUGAAGCAAAAUUUAGUAUUAUUUAAUAUAUACUGAACAAAAAAGUUUGGUAUCUUGACCUUUUGGAUAUAUUUAAUCAUAGUGUGUGCUCAUUCUUCACUGCAAAGAAUAUCCCCAUGAAUAUUCAUGAUCCCUAACAUUUUUUGUUCAGUAGAUAUUGUUGUUUUAUUUGGCAAGAUGUACAUUAUGUUACAAGAAGCUGGAGAUAUUCUUGUGUCAUGUGACUGAAGGUACGAUAUACUGUUGUCUGAGAAACAUAAACAUAUAUUAGUUUUGUUUGUAAUUGUUCUGAAAGAGAAUGGUUUAGUGGACCCAUUAGACAAUUUGCCAAUGGUUAACAUAAAAGUGAUUUGUAUUUGGGUUAAACAUAUGUGUGUUAUAUUGUGCCAUGUUUUCUUUAAUUGCAAUUAGACUAUGCCUAUAAAUUCUUGCAAAGUGCAUUCUGAUCUCUGUAAACAUCUUCUUUAACUGCUUCAUUUAUAAAGCUAAGCGUGCAAAACAUGUUACUUCUUGUGAUGAGUAUGACUAUGUUGUUUUAACAAACAGCAGCCAUAUUGAAAAACCUGUUUCUGGCCAUAACUCAUGUCAUCUGUUUAGUUAGUAGUGGGUCAUGAUUUGUAAGUUUACCUUGUUUUAGCCAUGCUCUUAAACAUCUCCGAAAUGUCCAGACUGGAAGCUUAACUUUGGCAGGUAUGUGUUUCCAUUUGAUGACAUGAUAGUUUGUUUUAAUCAUCAAAAUUUUAGUGUAUCAAUUUUUAAGUCCUCCAUGUUUAUACAGAUACUACAUGAAUUUCGUUUCUGAUGGAAGCUUUUGUUGGAUGGGUGUAUUUGUUGGCAUUUUAAACAUUUAACUACAUGUCCAGGCAUGCUAUAGUGCAGUGGCACCUUUUCCCGAAGCGACAUCAUUUCCUGAUGGUGUGAUUGGAUGUUUAUCACAAUGUCAGCAUUACUUGCACAAUUGUUUAUCUUGUUUCUUUUAUUUUAACUGCUGUUGCAGAAUGUUUUUAUUUAUUUCACUGUAAACAUUCAGAAUGACCAGUAUUUGACCUUUUUCAUAUUCUUUACUUUCUCUGAUUUUAUAUAGCCAUGAAACAUGACAGAAGUAUACAGAAUUUCUUCAUUACAUUGUGAUGCAAAAAUUGUUCAUUUGCUUCCAUUGGUUUAAUCUAAAGCAUGUACUCUGACUCAAUCCAUAGCUUGCUUUUUCUUGCUGAAUUUCUACUUUUGCAUUUGGCCCAUGUUCCAAAUCAAAUUUGCUCAUAUUGAAGUAUUGACCUUUAAAUACUGUAUGAACUUGAUCAGCCUUGCUCAGUGGUUUUGUGAAUCAGGGUUUGUUAAUCUAAUUCUGAACAGUGAAAAUGUAUGCUUUAAUAUUACAAGAUUACUUAACAUUAUUUCAACUUUCUGAAUUAAUAUAUUUUAGUUUCAAAGACUUGGAAUUUGUCACUUUGUAUUGGCUUGACAGUUGAUGUAUAAAUACAAGAUGAUUGUUAUGAAGUAGCUGCACACAGUAGGUACACACACUACUGUGCACCACAAUCUUCUGUUUCUGUGUACACUGAUUGGGGAAUUUCCUGUUUGUUGGGGCCCACUUCCUUCAUGGUUGUAAGUCAGCCUGCUACAUCCAUCCAGAUGUCAUGUACCACACCAAGUCACCAUCUGUGCCAUGGUUGUUACUGGGUUUACAUGUCAACCCUUUUGUGAUCUUCAUGAUUCUAGUUUUACAUUAUGUUAUGUUUUAACUAUAAUGUUGCAAACAAUAAGUCAGUCAGAUGAGCUACAUAGCCUCAUGGUCUACCUUUGAUCGUAAACCAUCAGCAAUUGGACCAGAAUUGGUCAGAAUUGUGAUAUUCGUUCUUAGUGAGAGUGUGUAUUGAAUUUUUACAAGUCUUUCACAGUUCACAUUUCACCCCCUGGAGUUUUGAUUCACAUUUGCUGUUGUUUUUCUUCAUUUAGUCAAGUACAUUUUUGUACAUAUGUGUGUCUAUAAUGAUAUAUCAAUAUUAUGUAGAGAAAGUCUAUUCAUAAUUAUACAAGAAAUGUGAAGGGCCAAUGUUAUCCAUAUUUAAGCUGUGGACCAGCUCUUUCUACAUCUGCAGAUUUGUCUUAACUAUCUCGUCAUAAACAAAUUUGAAAUUUUAA